AUGUCUGGUAUCGGUUUUACUUUUACUUCCACUCAUAUUUGUGUUCAAUUAAAUUUCACUUCAGUUGGGAAUCUCCCCUACCAAACUAACGAAGAGGCAAUCGGAAACCACUUCAGUCAAGCUGGCCACGUUACCAAUGUCAGAAUAGUGUAUGACAGAGAGACUGGACGCAUGAAAGGCUUCGGAUUUUGCGAGUUCUCAGAUGAGGCUGGAGCUCAGAAUGCCGUCGACACGUUGAAUGGAGCUGAUUUCAAUGGACGACAGCUUCGAACGACCGAGGAUGCAAUCGGAAAUUACUUCAGCCAAGCUGGAAACGUAACCAACGUCAGAAUUGUAUACGACCGUGAAACUGGUCGCACCAAGGGCUUUGGAUUCUGCGAGUUCUCCGAUGAAGCUGGAGCUCAAAAUGCUGUUAACACCCUCAAUGGAAGUGAUUUCAAUGGCCGGUCACUACGUGUGAACUACGCCAACAAGAACUGA